AUGGCCGACACGGGCACGAUCUCUGCUCGAUGUCAACCAUUCUUCCGCCCUCGAUCGCUCUCACGCAGGGUCGGACUUGACCUCGCUAUGGAAGGAUCUCGAAUGGGCAUCGUAUCGCAUCCUCGGCUCGCUGUCGACGGUGACCGGAUUGUUGUUGGCGUUCAGGUCGAACAGCGCGAUCGAAAGGUGGAGCACGGCAAGGAGGAAGUGGUCGGACGUUCAGGCGACAUCGAGGUCCCUUUCAAGGCUGCUGAGCGCGUCGCUGUACGGAGCAGUCAGUGA